AUGUCUUCGAAAACAUUGGUUGAAAUUUACCAAAAUGUAUAUGUAGACAUAGCUGGCUUAUAUGAUAAUGUGUACGUGCAUUUGAGGGCUAGAUAUAUUGCUCAUCGUAGCGCAUGUAGUGAGGGAAGGCUGAUGCGGAGCGCUUCUUCCGCUCACAAGGCCCGUUUCCCGGAUUCUAUGACGCAGCAUGACAAGGACAACAAACAAGUGCUGACUGUAUCAGAUUUUCCCGCCUGUGUAGGCUGCACGAUUCCUAUGCCUGAGUUUAAAGUUCCGGACGACUCCUCAGUCUUGCGCAUACCCCAGGAUGUAUGA